CUUCGUGCGCCUCAAGUUUGUGUUGAAACGAAUCGUCUGAAGCAUAUGCACUUGGGUCGUCUGCAGGAGGAAGGCGGCCACUAGGCUCAGCGUAAGCUGUGCGCGUGUAUGUGAGUAUAUUACUUCCUUAGCAAAAGCUAGAGCGACUAAACAAAUCAAAACAGAGGAACCACGGUAGCAAACAUCAAAAAUAUGAUUCCAGCUGUGGAAACGAAGGAAUUUCGCACCAUAAAUCGCAGCCCAUACACAAAAGCAGAUACGCAGAUACAUUCCGUGAACCGGCUUGCGCUUUUCUUCCGAAAAUUGCUGCUUCUAUGGUGCCAGCCAGAUGGCAGAUACAGUCCCCUCGGCCAGGGUUGCUUCUUUUAAACGCUUAAUCGAUGACGAUCGGCGGCUCCAUUAAGAGAAGAGUUUUUAUAGUUUGCUAUUGAUAAUACCCUAACCGCCUAAACAUACGCAACGCACGAAAGCUAACGGAGGGGAACCAAUUGCUAGUGACUGCAUAUUAUCUGCUUUAAUGGCAUUGUUUUUCGUCUAACGGUUCGUUAGUAAGAAUGGGUGUUAAGUAUGCUUGUUCAAUGUCACAUCUUUAUGUUCCUCUGCCCUGAGACGAAGAGCCGUAGGAGGUUUCCAGUGAUCCGUGGUGUAAUUUUGCAAUACUCGAGAACGGGACGAUACCUUUGUGUCAGUGGUGGCGGCAAAGCUACCCCGAAAAAAAAGCUGCACAGAGCGCGAUGGACUUCCUCUAGUAGACGAUUGUACAAUAAAAGUUGGAAUAAAGAAGAAACAGAUGUAUUUUUUUGUUUGUCAAAUCUAAUCACUCCGGUUGGUUUGUGAACAUGUUGAUGCUUAUUUCGGCCGACCGAAGCGAUGUAGAUUCGCCACGAGGAGGCUGUUGUCAUGUUCCUCCGCCCUAGUUGCUCGUAAUUUUCAUCUCGAGGAGACCAUGCCUGCGCGGUUAGUGUGUACUAUGAACACGAAUCUAGGUGACCUCUUGUCUACGUCAAACGCAUCACCAUAGCGAUAGGAGUUUGUAUGAAACAGAAGGCCGUAGAAGAGCAGCUGUAAUUGCGGAGAGGCUACAACUGAUUUUGAAAAUAUCUAAGCCAAGUAAAUUGGAGGCAAAAGAAGUGAGCUAGGUGUAUAUCUGAGAGUGUCCUUAAAACGCGCGCUAUAAUGUUCUUACAAACGUUACAAAACGCUUCCCCCUUAAAUCUGUAACUCACACAUCAUCCAACCGUGGGCAAUAGCCAAAAAUACCAGUUCUUCGCACCUACGACGCGUGCUACUUGCACCGCUCAACCAUCUGACCGCCAACAGCUAAUAAUUUGUAACCAAUCGCAUAACUCUUUGUAAAUGGUGUAUGUGCGCUAGCAACGAAGCUGCAUUUUCUUCGACGAGAGGAUACUAAUAAUAGGUAGGGGCAAGAAAGGGUUUUAGAAAUUCACCAAAAAUAUGAAACCGGGAGAAAGAGAAGAAGGGAAAACCUUGUUUCAGGGGAUCAAACGAGAAAAAAAUGCUAUUUUCACUGAAUUAUAUGAAAGAGAGAAAAUAAAAUGAAACUGCGCAACGUCAAGCAA